AUGCCAUUGAGGCCGGCAUCCGCGAAAUCAGUGCUGCUUCCGUUGCAUGGCGAGGCAGCCGAGCGAUCAAAGCAUGGGAAUGCUUCGCUCCCCGCAGCCCGUGCGGGCGGCGAGAAGUUCCCAUGCAAGAGAUUUGGACUCCAACUCAAGCCGGAGAUAGAGGCAACAAGUGAGACGAGCCAAGGGGAGCACAAGGCGCACUUGUCAAUCGACGCUCCUGCCGGGAGCAGCUUCAGCGUUUGCCCUUUCUUCCCUUUCGUCGUCGAGUCUUGCCUGGCGGUGGAGGUGUCCGCCGUCAGGGCUUCGCACACGAAUUGCAUCGAUGUCUCUGGAAUCUGGAAGAGAUCUCAUUCGCAGUGUGUCGAUGAGCAUUGGUUGGCCCUCCUGGGGGAUGGCCUGCCUCUUCAUCGCUGCGCCCAGCUGCAGCCAGGCAGCUCUCUCUUGCUGCAGCGGCCGCCAGACCGAGUCUACGUGCUGCGCAACCCAGCUGUGCAGCUCAGCCGCCUUCUUGUCCAAAAGGCUUCAGAGAGAGGUGCGCAACUGCUGGCGGCACCUGCGUCGGGAAGCGCGGUGGCCAUCAUGGCACCUAGCAGUUGCUCGGAGAUGCUCAUUGCACACGAAGUGCUUCUCGAGAUGGAGCUUCGCUUUUCCAUCGUUUUCUUACCCGAUCGAGCUGCUGCCAACCUGCCGGCAGCAAAGGCCACGGAUGCCAUCCUUCGCCGGCUGGUAGCCUUCGCUGUGCGGGAUAGCUUGCGCAGGGAUUCCUGGCAAUCCGCGGAAUUUCCAUGUCGACUGUUCCAGUCGCAGUCGAUGUCCAGCACGGACAUCCUGCAGCGACCCUCCCUUCGAGUUCCCUGCGUGGAUGUGGAAUGCGAUAGCGCGUCAGCAUCCUCCUCUCAGAUCACGGCAGAGCUGCGCUUCUCCGCUGAUGUGCGGCUGGUGCAGCCAUUGGCUCCUUUCCUCGCCCGCUCAGCCCGGGCGCCCGAACUGGCCGGGAGCUAUUGCCUCCAGGGCUUUGAGGCCAGCAAAAGGCCCCGGAUCCACGUCUUGCCGCGGCUGACAGCAGCACAGGUUACCCACAUCUGGCCAGAAGGGCAGAUGCCCAAAGAGCAACUUCCAGAAGAGCUCCAGACGGACAGCGCCUUCAGGGACUACUGGAGCCUGAUCCAUGGGCAUACUCUGCGGAGCAGCCCGGGCAGCACCCAGUCGUUCGCUCGUGUUGAGUUCCUCGGAGAUCCGAGCCAGGAGUUCGGCUUGCUACUGACGUAUCCAGUUUCCUGUCUUUGGCGGACAUUCUGGGUGAACCAGCCAGCUCUGAGCAAGCAGCAUGGGCCUGCGAUUGCGAAGCAGGUUCUGCAAAGUUUAGGCAGAAAUUCAACAUUUGGUACGUGGCGGCUGCAGUGUGGCUUCGAGCAGGCUGGCCCUCUUGUGCCUUCCGUGCUGCUCAACCGGCCGAUGGCGCAGGAUGUAAAGCUUGAUGUCAAGCCAGUCGAGGAGCCAGAGAUGAGCGCAUCUCGCAAGGCUGGACAUACCGGCAAGCGCCGCCUGAUUCUUCCUCUCAUAGAGCAUGCGAGCGGCACCGUCACUGGACCUUCAAAGCGCCAGUGUCUACGGUAA